AUGGGAAAAGUGGAAACCUCCUCGUCGUCUAGCGAAGAUAGCUCCAACGAUGACCGUAAGACCACGGCUCUCACGUUGAAGCGCAAUAUCAACAACCUCAGCCGCCCAGUGACUUAUGUCAAACUCGAUACGAGGGCAGAAUCAUACUUGCUGUCUUACUAUCUUGACCGGAUCUGCCCCAUGACGGUGCCAUGCGCCAAAAAUGAGUCGCCCUUCUCUGCGCUUAUUUUCCCCUUUGCCGUCUCGUCGGCCUCCCCGGCUCUCAUGCACGCAUUACUCGGUCUCGCGGCUUCUCACAGAGCAAGGUCAGACGAAGCUUAUCAGCCAGUGGCCUUGAGCUACUCGGCCAAAGUCAUCCGCUCGCUCCGCCUGACACUGGAUACCAAGUCGCCCGUUGACAUUGCGGCAAACUCGGAGAUCCUCGUCCUGAUGAUGCUGCUCUGCCAACUGGAAAUCAUUGCAGAGUGCGACAAGCGCUGGGUCACGCACUUGCGCGGCGCCCGCGACCUCAUACGGUUCAGGCGCCAGGGCAUGUCGUCCGACACGGCCAAGAUGGCGGCUCGACAGCAGAACCCGUGGGAGCAAAUCAUACGGUUCACCGAGCGCUACUUUGCUUUCUACGACGUCAUGGGCCGGACGGCCUGCGGCGAGGAGCCCAUCUUCGGGAACGACUUCUGGACCACCCAAGAAGACCAGCUCGACCUCUGGAUGGGCUGUUCGCCGCACCUCGUCAGCAUAAUUGGCGAGAUCACUGAACUCAGCUGGAAAUACCACCGCCUGUCGUCUUCGACUGCCGAGGACUGCUGGCAGGAUCUGGAAAGACAGCGGAUGAGGCUGAUUACGAGACUCCAACAGCCGAACCUCAAAUCCGAUAGUCAGGAUGAGAUUAUCCGGACGUCGGUGGAGAUGAAGCGUUUGACCGUGGAGUUGUACCUGCAUUCGGCCCUCAACGACACGAACCCCUCCACGCCUGUCAUCAGGCAGAACGUGAAGAAGAUCCUCCGCCUGGUCGCCAUGCUCUUGAAAGCGGACGUCAAGGCCGGACUUACCUGGCCAAUUUUCAUGGCGGCUUGUCAGCUGGAUCCCAUCGAGGAGCUGGAGUGGGCCACGGACGACGACAACGACGACGACGACGACCUGGAUGACAAGGAAGCCCCUCGUCACGCGCGGCCGUUCGUCUUGUACGCCCUGGACAAGCUAUCUGAUUCGCUCUCAAACGUUACAAGGACAAGGUCCGUCAUUGAGAAGGUCUGGAAACAGCGAGAGGCCGCGUCGUUUUUGUCCUCGGAUCGCCAGCUUUCGCCUAGUCCCAAGGCAUUCAACGACUGGGCUCGUUUUGUAGCGCCGCUCUGUCACAACAUCAGUCUUGCCUAA